UUUUUAGCCAACCACAACAGCACCACAGAAGAAAAAGUGUUUCUGUGCUUUCGCAGAUUUGUUAGGCUAGCUUUGUAAGAAUGGUUACUCCCUUAUUUAGACGUGUUCCCGUCAUUUUUGGUUAAAAGUAACAGGCUUUGGGGGGCUUUAAUGUCAGGUGCAGCUAAUUUAAAGACCUUUAGUAAAGCGGGAACCAGCUGGCACUUUAGCCGGACGAUGGACGAGCUGGUCCAUGACCUGGUGUCGGCGCUGGAGGAGAGCUCGGAGCAGGCGGCACGGGGGGGCUUCGGGGAUGGGGGGGACCACGCGCUGGCUGUGGGCUGCCUGCUGAAGAGACAGGCCCGGAAACGCCGUGGGAGGAAGAGACGCUCUGACAAUCCCCACCCGCCCUGGGAGACUGGCCACCUCAGUGAGGGCUCCGAGUCCAGCCUGGACGAACACAAGGACUACCGCGCCACCACAGGCAGCGUUGCCAGCAGUAACAGCCACGCCCGUGACAACAGCGACUCUGACGAGCAGCUGGGGCCCAAGCGCCGUACCCCCCUGAACCCUGACACAGGACGUGGCAAGCGCCCCCUCUGGCAGGAGGACCUUGGAGGAGUGGGGAGCGCAGAGGGGUCCCGCAGUUUGAGACGCCGCCGCAAGGUCAAGCGCAUGGCCGUCGAUCCCCCUCUGGAGGCAGUGACCUCCAAUAGCACCACCACCAUGCUAGGUCCCCCGCCUGUCCCCAAGCCCCACGGAGGGUGCAGGAUCCCUGGGGUGAGCGCGGCUGAGGGCAGGGCGGGGAUGGAGCUCACUGGUGGCGGAGUUGGAGGAGGGAAGUGCAGGGUGAAGAAGAGGAAACUGGCAGCCCACAGGCUCGGGUUGGAGGCGACUGAUGAGGGGGUAGUGGUGGAGCGUGGGGACGCCAUUAUGCGGCAGGCGGGGCCCAAGGACAAGAUGGAGUUUGAGGAGCAGAAGGGCUCGGAUGAGGACAUGAGUGACAGGUGUGAGACCAGCAGUGUGAGCAACAGUAGUGAUGGUGGACUGUACACCAAUGAUGAGGGGAGGCAAGGUGAUGAUGAGCAGAGUGACUGGUUCUAUGAGGGGGAGCCGGGGGGGGCGUGUGGGGUGGCGGGGGUGAUUCCCUGGUGGGAGAGAGAGGCAGGGGAGGAACUGGACCUGGCUGACCCGGUCUUCAACAGCAUCCUCACCGGAUCCUUCCCCAUCAUGAGCCCCGGGGCACAGAGAGGGUUCCAGGCCAGGCUGAGCCGGCUUCAUGGGGGGCCCCAGGGCCAGGCUUCUCAAGGCAGCCCAGGACAAACCUUCAACGAGCGGCUGGGACGACACCACCAGGACCCCCACUCACACGACCCAUGGUUUAGUCCGGGAUCUAGAAGAGAACAUGGACAGAUGCACUGGGACUCACGGUCAGACAGAGGCCAUCGGAGGAGCUGCUCAGUAAAGACGGCCAGCAGGCAGACGAGUGGUCACCUGGGGUCUCUGUGUACGGGGGACGUCAAGAGGAGACGCAAAGCAGCACCCCUUGGUUUACCUCCGCCCACAGGGUUGGUAGGUGAGAGUGCGGGGCCCAUCCCAGAGACCAACAUGGGCAACCGGAUGCUGCAGAGUAUGGGCUGGAGCCCCGGCAUGGGCCUGGGUCCGGAGGGCAGGGGCAUCACCGAGCCCGUUCGGGCCACACAGAGACCCAAGGGAGCGGGUCUGGGUUUUAACUGAGCCUCAGGCUUUAGGCCCCAACUGAACAGGCCAGUAGGCCUCGAUGGACCCUACAGAGAGCAGGGAGGACUUUGGUCAACUCUCUCUGGGAAAGAAACUCUGAUGGAGCAGCAGAGCUGGAUGAAGGAACGGAUGAAAGUCAGCAAGAACAGUUUUAACUAAUAGGAAGACCGAAAGGAAAAUCUGAGGUGGGAUCCCCAACGCUCCAUGCACUUCCACUCUAACCAGGGUCGAAACUCAUAAGGGAAGUUUUGGCCCUAGUUAGGGGAAGUGCAUGGAGCGUUGGGGUUCCCACCUCAGAUUUGUAGUUGGGAUGUCCAACAUUUCUACCAGGGAAAAGAGAAGGAAUGGGAAAAAGACCAAGGCAUUGUAGCUGAGUUUGAUUGUAUGAGACUAGCCAGGUUGUGUAGUUGGACUGUGUGUACUGCACAACACACUAAAAGGCUGUUUCACAAGAAUAUCAUUUCUCUUCAAUCAAUGGUUGUUCUGAUAUUGCACAGUAUGACAAAAAAUAUAUUUUAGGUGAAUAUCAUUGUACGCAUCAAAAUGUGUGUGUGGUGGAAGUUUAUUUGAUUUUAAAUCGGUUUUGCGACACUACAUUACAUUGGUGUUAUUCCAGGGUAAUUAUAAUGGAAUAACAUGGUUCUUACCGUGGCUUAGUACAAAAAGAUGAUGUCUGAAGUGUUAGCUAAGUACUGCAUUAGGUAAAGGUAAUUACAAUUAUACUACUUGUUUCUCUGGUAUAACGCUAAUGUAAUGUAACUGGCAAAUGUUUUUUUAAAUCUAUUUAAACUAUCAUAUGGUUCCUUUUGGGAUAUUGGGCAGUUAUGUUUGAUUGUAGAUGACGGUUAUUGGUUAAAAAAAUAAAUGAAGACGCCAAUUUUCUCCUCUCUGCUCCUGACUGCAUGUGCUCCCAUAGAAACAGAAUAAAUUGGACGGGCGUCCCCAUUCAAGUCAAUGAUGACAUAAUGGGUUGACUUGGUACACUUGCAAUGCUAGCCAUAGGAACAAAGCAGGAAGUAAAAGUAGGAAGUGUACCCAUCAAUUUGUGGUGUGAUUUGUUUUGAUUCAACUCAACUGAUUACAAAGAUAAACAUUCCAUUGCAUUAGCCACAUCAGUUAACAUAAAUUAAAUGAAUGUUCUACAUCACCAUUGAAAUGAUUGAAUAUAGUACCAGGCAGCCACUGCAAGUGUACCAGUCAAAUUGCCAGGGUUAGAGGUUCCAAGAACAUUCUAUUCAUCCUAUUUCUGUGUUCUGCUGCAGGGAGGGGGCGUUACCUAGGCUAGGGUUUCCCAAACUCGGCCCUGCCCCCCUCCCAAAACCCCGGUGCACGUUUUGGUUUUGCCCUAGCACUACACAGCUGAUUCAAAUAACCAACUCAUUAUGCUUUUUUUUUUUCCCAUGAUGGUGUUCAUCCAUAAUAUGGUAAUUGUGCCAGCCCUAUUGAUGGUAUUCCUGAGGGAAGUUGGAAUAUUUCAGGAAAUGAAUCUUGAAAUAAAAUCAUUGUAUGUAUGGUAUUGAAGUAGAAUGUUCAACCCUGAACACUCCAGAAUAGUGUUUAUUUUAUUAAAAAGGCAGUGCAGUCAA